UGUUCAAGAUGGCCGCUUGAGUGGAGAAUUUACACAUCUCCAAUAAAACUAAUCCAACAGCUAGCUUUCCACACAACUUUAUUUGCUCUAACUGAUAAUGGGACGACGGUACGGGCGACGUGUGUUCCUAUUUUAAAACGAAAUGUGAGAAUAAUUGUUGAGGACGACGUCGGAGUUAUGGAGUAAAAACAGUGCUGGAAUUGGAGGGGGUUGAAGGCCCUUUGAUUUAGCCCAGCAUGGACAGCUUCUUCAAGGCGGCUGUAUGUGAUCUAGACAAACUGCUUGAUGACUUUGAGCUCAACACUGAGGAACAUGAAUGCAAGUCUGUUUUCCUGAAGCCUUCUGUGUACCCCUUCUCCUCACUGGGCUCUCAGUGUUUAUCCUCCGAGGCGUCCACUGUCCCUCCAAACCUCCCCGACCUUAACUCUCUUCAUUAUGGUUCUGCCACCAGCUGUCCUGACCGCCCCAGCAGUCAGGACCGCAGUGCUGAUGACAGGGAGGUAAAAGGUCAGCCUCUCACAGGGGUGGACCUCCUUUCCUCUGUGGAUUGCAGGCCUGCUAAAAGCUCCGCACCUCCCUGCCCGGACAGAGCUCUGAAGCCAGUGUGUGACCUUGUGAACGACACAAGCUCAGCCAUCCCGGUCAGGGCCAACAGCCACGAUGCUUUCAGUGAGCUGGACACGGUGGAAAAGCAAAUGGAGGAAGAGGAGACGCUGCUUGUAGACUUUGAAAGCCCUGUGCUGAAUGUACAUAAAGAGGAUCAAGGACAUUCAAGCCUAAGUGCAGAGUGUUCAGACACAUCGGAAGCAAAACAAGCCUCUGGAGGGAUGGAAGAGCUGGGUUUGGAUUCCCAGGAGCAGCAGAGCGGUGGAUACUCAGCCUCGCUCAGCCUGCUGGAUGUCAUUCUUCCUGCUGCAGUCGAGAGGAGCAGUGAGUCCACGGAGGAUUCUCCGAGGCCCACUGAGUCAGCAGAGAAAGAGGAGAGGCAUUGUGAGGAGGAGCCGUGCACCAACCAAGCCGUGGAUAACUCCUUAGACCAUUGUGAACCGGAGCCCACUCUGCCUGGUGAUUGCAUUCAAGAACCAACAACAACCUCAGUGAAUGAAGAGGAAGCCUCGCAAGAAGACUUGGGUGAAAACGAGUCCUCUGUCGAUGUCAAUUCAGAAGAAAUUGAACCGGGGAGCUUAUCAUGCCUGCCGUUAGCUGUGUCCAUGUGUGGAGCUCUCGUGAACAUCAACACUGAAGAAGAUGAGUCGGGGGAAGCUGCAGAGCUGUGUGAGGAGGCAGCGAUCACCUCUGAAAGCACCGAGGCAGACUCCCUGUCAGCCUUGGAGGCCAGAGAGAACAGGUCACGUUUAGAAGAAGCUGUUAACUCGCCUGUGUUCGUGCAGGUUUCAGAGGGCCGGGUGUCGCCAGAGGGGCAGCAUCUCGCUCCUGAACCUGCUCCUCCUGCUGUCCCCUCCGCAGACAUCGCCUCCUACGAUCUCCCAGAACCCAGCCCAGUGGAUCUUCCCGAGUUUGGCUUUGAAUACCUGCCUGAGAUCGACCAGGCCGAGCUGCUGGUUACAGACGAGGAGUUGGAUGCUUUCCUGCAGGCGCACGCUGAAGCAGAGCAGGGUGGCGGCGUCUCUUGCUGCAGCAGCUCUGGAGAUUACUCUCAACCUGAGAGUCUCUCAGGGUCAAAAGGAGAUCUGAAGGGCAGGCUGGUGGGAGAGGAGCUGAGGAGCUGUGGUCCAGGGAGACGGGAUGAUUUAGAGGGUCUGGCUUCUCCAGAGAGCGACAGAACAAUGUAUGUGUGUGCAGAGGAACGUUUGAACCCCAGUGCUCCAUCACAGGACUCAAACAGACCUUGCCAAGAAGAGCCAGAACUCUCCUCCGGAUUAAGCCUUUCUUUGACCAGCAACACUUUCCAGUCCCAGCACAGCAGUAGCCCCGAUCAGCAGCCCUCCUAUGGAGGUGCGAGACCUAAACAGCUACACUGCCAAACUGCUAGAUCUCCACCAGCAGGGGAAGAAGGAGAGGAGCAUUCUCAGACACUCACUGGUUCUACAACAGAUCCGAGUGCAGCGGAGGAUGAAGACAGCUCACCAACCAGUCUUACAGAGGAGCAUUGCAACAUCAGGGAUCUGAGCCCUAUGUGUGCCUCCCAGGAGCAUCAGGAGUACAGUAUGGGCUAUGAGGAGCUCUCAGAGCCCCCUCCGUACCCCGGGGAGUCGCCCACUGAAGGUGCCAGGGCGGUGAACUGGAAGAGAGAGGGGGGGGAGGAGCUGGGCAGCAGACAGCCGGCCUGGGUGCCAGACUCUGAAGCUCCCAACUGUAUGAACUGCUACCAGAGGUUCACCUUCACCAAGAGGCGGCAUCACUGUCGAGCCUGUGGGAAGCAGGUUUCACACUUCUAG